GCCACGUGGAGGCCUACUGGCCUUUGCUUUAUCUUUCGAUGGAGAGCAUGGUCGGUUGAAUUCCGGCAUCUUUUCCUUUUCUAAACCAUGCUUCUUUCAAACAGUUUAUUCUUUCAGAAUCGGUUGAAAAAAAAAAUCCAGACUUAAUUAAGAACCCAAUUCGCAGCUCCAAUGGUUCAAGAGUUUUGUGAUGAUCUAUACCAAAAAUUUGAAGUGGACUAUAUGAAUGAUAUUAGUGUGUAAAGAGAAAACCCUAUCCUUCCUUCUUUUCAGUGUAUAUUCAAAAAGCACCAUUUUAAACUGCUCUCUCUACCUUCAGAAGCACAGCAAGUUAAGAGUAAGAGUUCAUAUCGAGGGGAUUACAUGAUGAGGAGAUAAAGAAGUGAAGUCUAAUAUAACUUCUGAAGGAAUUACCUAGCCAGAAGUAUGGUGAUUUGUGUGUGAGUGUAUUAUAUAUAUAAAUAUAUAUAUAUAUAUAUCCAUAUACGCAAUUCUCUUCAAUUUUGUUACUUGACAAUUAUUUCUACCAUACAAUAAUGAAAAACAUUUAUAAGAUAUGAUUGAAAAUUCCAAGGACAGUAGUAGUGAUUUUCCUCCAAGAGAGGAUGAUCAAGGCAAUGAAGGAAAAAUCACUAAAGCUUCAUCUAGUAUUCCUAAUAAUACUUCAAGCACGCCAUGGUUAAGGCUGAAGGAUCCUAGAAUUGUUCGAGUUUCAAGAGUUUUUGGAGGAAAAGACAGGCAUAGCAAAGUAUGCACCAUAAGAGGGUUAAGAGACAGGCGUGUGAGGCUUUCAGUACCAACUGCUAUUCAAUUGUAUGAUCUUCAAGAUCGGUUAGGCCUUAAUCAACCUAGCAAAGUAGUUGAUUGGUUGCUCAAUGCUGCUAAGGAUGAAAUCGACGAACUCCCUCCGCUUCCAAUGCCGCCUUCCGGUAACUUUUCUCUAUUGACACCCCGUGGACUCGAAGCCAAUAGUGCCGCUAUUGCUGCCAAUAGCCAAUCUAAUGAACACCAAGAAGGAUUCAAGAUCAACAAUGACAGUAAUGAAUGGGAUUGUUCAAGCAGAUUGCCCGGGUCCAAUUUUUGGAGUAAUAGUACUACUAAUAACUCAUCGUCAGAUGUUCUUUGGAGAGGAAAAUCAAAAGAGGUUGCAAGAAAUCCGAGUGCAGCUGCUAAUGAUGAGAAGGAAAAUUGGAGAUCAAGUAGGAUUAAUGAAGUUGAGAAAGAAGAGGUAGAAGAAGAAGAAGAAGAAGAAGGAGAAGCAAAUAAUGAUGAUGAAGGACCGAACAAUCUCUUUCAAAGACAAAAUGUUACAAGUCAUCCUUUUUUCCCAGGUAUGAUGAAUAAUGCCAUUCCCAAUGGUUACCGUUGGGAGCCUCAAAAUUAUCCAUUGUCUUUCUUAGGCGGUGGCGGUGGAGGUGGUGGUGGUGGCAGCAGCCAUGGAUUCACAUCUCAAACGGAUCAUCUUCAAAACUUGAAUGUUAUGUCUUUGCAGUCCUCGACAUUGUCUCUAUCAACUGGUUCUCAGUUCUUGGUAUGCCCUCCUGGAAAUACAAUAACACAAACUUAUUUCCCUACUAGCACUACAGCUUCUCAUCAUCCUCAUCAACAUCAUCAAGCGGCGGAGAUUGAUCCAAGACUACAAGUGCAUCAUUUUCAUCAGAUGUUCAGUUCAAAUCCACAAAGUGGUCUCUUGCCAAAUGAUAUGCAGCCUAAUAAUAGUAAUAAUACUCAGCCAAUGAGAGCUGCACCUCUUCAUUUUAGUACUACGAGUAGUGGUUCCAACAAGCUUGUCCAUUUUUCGCCAAACGACACUAGAGGAAGUCAGCAAAAUAAAGAAUAGUAUCGAUCGGUUCUCUUCAAAAGCUUCCCUUAUAGGCACUACACAUUAAGGGCUAUUACAAAAGCAGCUUCCCCUUUUUCAAGAAAUAAAGCGCAUCACUAUAUUCAGGAUCGAAAUAUCUUUUACGCCAAGUGAUCAGGGAAAGGUACAUAAUUAGAGGGCACGCAUAUUCUACUAAUUGAAUACCCAGACCGAUUUGCAGACAUAUGAAAUGCUUUUUUUUUCUUUUCUUUUUUUCUUUUUCUUAUAUAUGUUUUAUUAUUUAUAAGAUAUGUCACCUCGUAUUUAAUUAGUUUUGUUUUCUUCAAAGUGUUUGAAUUUGAAACUAGAAGUUGUUCAAUCCAUAUCAGAUCAUUUUCAGCUGGAA